AAGUUCGUCGUUACUAAUGUCGCCGUCGAUGCACUCAAUUAUGUCAAAUCUGGCCGCACUGAUAAGACCACAUAAGACUGAAGAGACCUCGUCUAGACAAUAGAGGACGAAUUUUCCAAAGAAUUUUUCUACGGUUUAAGAACAGCCAAAUAAAAGCGAUGGCGUUUUAUGACAAUGAACAUUGGCUCCUGUCGCACAUCCGAGACAGUUUUUUACUGACCGACAAUACAGGUCAGUGCGAAGUAGUCAUGGUCGGAGAAGAUAUUCCUAAACAACUGAAAUCGAAUGGAAUGCUGCAGUGUUACCCUGAUAUGGAAGAAAGCGACGACGAGGAUCUAGAUGCCCUUGUCGAAUCGUAUGACAUACAAAUGGAUAUGGAAUACAGUCACAGGGAACGUUCGAAUACUGCUAAAAGAUUAGAGAAAAUGGACCUUGAAAGGAAAAAAGCUGCCAAAGUGAACGUAAAGUGGAAAACUAAUCCUGCCAUAUCCCUUAGCCAACAGUCAGAAUUAUUUCAAAGAAAAGACUUUCGUAAAAAGACUGGUCAAACUAAAAAGUAUUCUCUUUUAUCCGAACAACUACAGAAGUGUCCAAAUAUACCGCAAAAUCUGUUCAUAGAGUAUGCUAAAUUUGACGGUAGCACGCAAGUAGAUAUUCCUAUCAGAAAGUACAGGAUUUUUAUGUGUAUGUUACCCAAAGAGCAGAGAAUGUAUCCUCUUCAAAUAGUUGUAAUUGUUACUGCAAAAGUAUUGGAUUUCAUUGGCUUGAUUUGCUACAAAUACGCGAUCGAACAUCCGGAUCAUUCCCUGAAAGAAGAUAUCACAAGAUACGGGUUAUACUUCACCGAGGACGACGGUGAAGUUGAUUGGGAUUUGCCUUGCUUAGAUCCAAGGGAAACAAUUUCCAAAUUCGAGUUUACGACGCUAGGUCUAACGGAAAUGAAACCAAGCGACAGAGCACGAUAUAAUAUGAUUACACGCGUAGAAAUAAAAGAUGAGGUGGAUUAUCUAGAGGGUAAAAAUAAAGAACAGGAAGAAGUUGCAGAGGAUUUAGCAAAAAUGGAAGGCCAUACAACUGCCAUGGAAGCCCCAUUGUACCAAUCAUAUAGGGUGUACAUAAUUAACAAAGUCAGAGCAAAGACUGAAAUUUACAUAGGAAUAUCUGGUGAAAAAAUUGAAAUCAAUCCGAUAAUAACAGGAAAGGGUGCUGGACGUUUUUGGAACAGGCAACGAGCUGUUAGUUAUCAAAUAGACAAUAUUGCCUGGUGCGAGAUAACGGAAACAAAGGGAUCGAAAACAAUUUUUACAUUAAUUUAUACUCCACAUUCUUCUUCUUCCGAAAAUAGUUUAGUAUCGUCCGGCGGACAAUUCAAAAAUCACGAGUUCGAGGCUGAUUCGUUAACUGCCGAAGAGAUCGUUACAAAAAUAAAUCACAUACUCGAGUUACAUAGUAGCACGUCGAGAAAAGAAUACUUGUCUCAAAAAGAAAGAAAAGCUACAAGACGUAAGAGUUUUCACUUGCACAGAUGACAACUCUAUUGGUUUCUGUAUUCCAUUUUAAAUUAUUUAAAACAUUAGCAAUCAGAAUUUGAAACGAAUGGUUGCCUUGAUACAAAUAUA